GAGAAAGAAAGAAAGGAAGAGGCUCGCUCUCUCUCUCUUCUCUUCCUCCUCCAGGCCUGGCCUACCUCACUUGAAUGCUUCUUUUCAUUGUUCUUUCGAGGGCCAACGCCCACAUCCAACUCUCUUGAUAAAGACGUUUUUGUUUCUGGAGCAAACUUAAAACUGAUAAGUAGGGAGAGAUUGAUUCACUGAAAUAAUUUUGGAGUGAGAAAGUUUAUAGAAACCAAAGUGUUUUAAACGAAAAUGGGGCUGAUUUCGGGGAUUUUGAUGGGGAUGAUCUUCGGUAUUUCAUUGAUGGCUGGCUGGCGUCAUAUGAUGAGGUACCGAAGCACUAAGCGAAUCGCGAAGGCAGCUGAUAUAAAAGUUCUUGGGUCUCUCAGCAGAGAUGAUCUGAAGAAAAUUUGUGGUGAAAACUUUCCUGAAUGGAUAUCUUUCCCUGUCUAUGAACAGGUGAAAUGGUUGAACAAGCAAUUGAGCAAAUUAUGGCCUUCUGUUGCGGAGGCAGCAUCAGCUGUAAUCAAAGAAUCUGUUGAACCACUCUUGGAAGAAUAUCGACCUCCAGGAAUUACUUCACUAAAGUUUAGCAAAUUGUCUCUUGGCACUGUGGCUCCCAAGAUUGAAGGUAUUCGAGUUCAGAGCCUUAAGAAAGGUCAAAUCACAAUGGAUAUUGAUCUUAGGUGGGGUGGUGAUCCAAGUAUAAUUUUAGGUGUUGAAGCUGCACUUGUUGCUUCAAUACCAAUACAGUUGAAGGAUCUUCAAGUUUUCACUGUUAUUCGUGUCAUCUUCCAACUUGCUGAAGAGAUACCUUGUAUUUCUGCUGUAGUCGUUGCUCUCCUUUCUGAGCCAAAGCCUAGAAUUGAUUACACUUUGAAGGCUGUUGGUGGAAGCUUAACAGCAAUUCCUGGAAUUUCAGAUAUGAUUGAUGAUACUGUGGACACAAUCAUCACAGACAUGCUUCAGUGGCCACACAGAAUUGUUGUUCCAAUUGGUGGUAUACCAGUUGAUACAAGUGAAUUAGAGCUUAAACCAGAGGGAAAGCUGACAGUUACAGUAGUCAAAGCAAUUGACCUAAAGAACAUGGAAAUGAUUGGAAAAUCUGAUCCUUAUGUGGUUGUGCACAUUCGGCCUCUCUUCAAGGUUAAAACAAAAGUUAUUGAGAACAACCUGAAUCCUGUUUGGAAUCAAACAUUCGAGUUGAUUGCAGAAGACAGAGAGACGCAGGCGCUUACUGUUGAGGUUUUCGACCAGGACAUUGGGCAAGACAAGAGGCUAGGAAUUGCAAAAUUCCGUUUGAUUGACUUGGAACCGGAGACACCAAAGGAGGUUAAUUUGAGCCUUUUAGCCUCACUUGAUACACUUAAAGUAAAAGAUAAGAAGGACAGAGGAAGUUGUGUCAUUAAGCUUUUGUACCAUCAGUUUAGCAAGGAGGAGCAGUUGAUUGCUUUAGAAGAAGAGAAGAGGAUCCUAGAAGAAAGGAAGAGAUUGAAAGAAGCAGGAGUUAUUGGAAGCACAAUGGAUGCACUUGAUGGAGCGGUAUCACUGGUUGGAUCUGGUGUUGGAUUGGUGGGUACUGGAAUUGGUGCUGGAGUUGGGCUUGUCGGAACUGGUGUAGGUGCUGGAGUUGGGAUUGUCGGGAGUGGCCUUGGAGCUGUUGGCAGUGGCCUUAGCAAAGCAGGAAAGUUCAUGGGCAGGACCAUAACAGGAGGGCAUUCCAGCAAAAAGAGUGGUAGCUCAACUCCAGUGAAUAGCAUCCAAGAAAAUGGUGGUGCAAAGCCGCUCUAACUUGGGAUGCUGAAGAAUGUGAAUUCGGCCUUCAGUUUGUAGCAUGUAGUGAUUAGACACAAAACAGUUCUCUGCUUUUGUUCUUUCUAGUAGUCUGGAAUUUGAUUGCAUAAGUAUUGUUCAUUCUGAUUCUGUGUGUUUGUAUCUAAACGUGUAAUAAUCGUUUGAAUAUCAAUCAAAGUUCUGCGCAUAUUGACUCCUAA